AUGGCUACCCAAGGCCCCCUUCCUUCCGCUCCCUCACCCUCUCCCCCUUCUCCACCUGUGACAGCAGCCAUAUCUACUGAACCACCAUCAGGAGAGGUAGCGGGAGCAGCACCAGAGUCAGGAACAACUGCAACAUCACGACCUGCGCCUGCGCCUGCGCCUUCUCCAGCUCCAAUCCCUCCUCCAGUCCCUGUCGAAACACAUCCAAAUCGUGCUGGCCUCAAACCCCCCCCGCCCAGACGCGUUCUGACAGACCCAAACCGGCUCGCGCCUGAAGAUGCUUACUACGCACACUCUCCUCCACGAUUCCGUCCUCAUGUCGCGAAUAAUCACGCUGCAAAUCUCCGUCUGCCUGCGGCAGUUGCAGCAUUAAGGCCUCCUCCCGCGGUACCAGUGGCUGAACCGCGACGGGUGAAGGAAGCGAGGAGAAGACUGGGAUCGAGUCGGAGGAGGUCGAAGGGCGCGUGGAAGAAGUUAUUGUGGGUUAAACAGUCGUAUCCGGAUAAUUAUACGGAUACUGAAACAUUUCUUGACCAUCUCCAGCGCAAUCCCCGUCUCCGGCCCUAUGAUUUCUGGCCGUUGGUCGCGGAUUCAACUGUCAUUGUGCAGCAUGUCUGCUCUGUCGUCAUAUUCGCCUGUUGCUUCAGCGGCAUUUUCCAGGAGCGAAUUAGUCCCGUCUCGGUGGUGGGAUGGGGAAGUAUAUGUACAAUUUUAGGCUGGGUGCUAUGGGAUUUUUGGGUUGGGAAGGAACAAGAAGAAGAAGCUCGACUGUCAUUAAUGGGAGAUGUAGCGGGAGGUGAUGCUGCAUCUGUAUCUGGUUCAUCUACCAACUCUGCCAAAGCUGGUCACUGUGAGAGGAACCAGAAGGAGAACCAAGUCCCCGGCCUUGGCUUACAACUCUCUACAACUAACCUCGAUUACCGGCAGCUGCGACGCCGCAGUACAGGCCUGAGCACUCUUAGCAAUCGCUCAAAUAGCGCGUCAGCCUGCUCCGUUUAUUCGGGGAACUCAUCCCACUCUCCAAAUUCCCCGACAUCGCCCUCAGCGCCAAGCAACGGUUCCGCUCAUUUCCCCUCUUACCAUUCCUCAAACCAAUACCACCAGUCUCUACACUCCACCAAUAAUACCGCUACCCUCUCCCCGCGCAACCGCCAACGCCUCGAAACAGCCAAAUCUGCCCUCUUAAUCUUCUGCGCCCUCCUCGGCCUCAGCCCGAUCCUCAAAUCCCUCACAAAGUCCACAACUAGCGACUCCAUCUGGGCCAUGAGCUGCUGGCUCAUGGUAAUCAACAUCUUCUUCUUCGACUACAGUAGCAACAGCGGUGGUAGUGGCACGGGAGCGAGUAGUGAGAGUGGUGCCACGGCCGCAAAAUUCCCGGCCUCCUUGUCCACAAAUGCCGCCGUCAUGGCGUCCACGGUGCUGGCCUCACGUCUGAAGUCUACCACCCACGUGUUCAGCCUGACCCUAUUCUCUAUCGAAGUCUUUGGUCUAUUUCCUGUUUUUCGUCGCCAUCUGCGGGCGAUCUCCUGGAUGGGUCACGUAAUACUCACAGUUUUACUUGUGGUAAUUGCCAGUGCGGCAGUGGGAAUUACGCUGCGUGGUGGGUAUAUGUCGGCAAUACUGGGCAUGUUUGUUGGGUGUUUUUCGACCGCUCUGGUUAUGGGAGGUUGUAGUUGGUGGUUGAUCAGUUUACAGAAAUAUAAGAAUGUGGUGGCCGGGCCUUGGGAUCCGGCCAGGCCGGUGCUGAGGAGGCAUUGGGAUUGA